UUCAAGCAUUAACAUUAUAUUUUCUCAGAGCAUCGCGGGUGGUGCUAGUUGAACCUUUUCUGUUUCGGCGUGUUCUAAUCGGUAUCAGUAUUAAAUUCACUGUUACUGAGUCUGAUGGGCGAUAUGCUGUAUGAAGCUAUAGGAAUUGUCGUCGGAUUUCUGCUCAUUGUUUGGAUGUGCAGAAUGUGUUGUCGAAAGCGAACGAGCGACGGAAUGGUGAUAACCACGACGCCGGUGGUCAUUACAUCGGAAGUCCAUCGUGUUGCCACAGGAACACAGGCUACACCUGCCGGAGUGGUGGUACAGGGACACACUGGCGGAACGGCAGUUUUUCCUUCAAUGCCGACCACGUACCCGAGUAUGCCUGCACCUUAUCCUGCACAUCAGCCAUAUCCUGCUCAGCCAUACCCAGUCGUGCAGCAGUAUCCUGCCCAGUCUGGCAUCCCGGCCCCUCUUCAUGAUGCUCAGUUUCUGCCGCUCCCCCCGAUGAUGCAACAUCCUAUUCCCGGUCCUCCGUCUAAUGCCGCUGUUCCUGCUAUUAAUCCACCCAGCUACGACCAAGCGAUGAGCAACAAUUACGCUCCGCAAGCACCAUACAAUCCGGACUUUAAGGGUGGCCAAUAAAAAAGCACACAACGCGCCAUAUGUAAUUUCUAAAAACCGUUAACAUUACGAUAGGAGGAGAGAAUGAACAAAUGAAUCUGACCAAAUUACAUACAUUAAAAUACAUUACAAAAUACUUUUUUUCUGUUCCAAUACCCAAGAUGUGUUCGGAAUGGACGCGCGCGUCCUAUCGCCAGCUUCCAGUUUAUAAUCAGGUAUCAUUCGACAGGAAAUGAAAAGUAGCUUUUAUUGUAUAAGUUGAUGCAAAGGAAGUACAUAUUUACAGCGAUGAGAUUUUCAUCAAGGACAUGAAAAGAUACGACCAUUUAUAUACUCGUAGGGACAAAAUGUUCCUCUGGAAUACGAUGAACUAUGCAAACGAAUGUAACGAAAAGAAAAAAUAUAAGCUAGUUUGUACGAAAACACUCUUGAUUAUUUUCACCUGGUGGGUGGCGAUGGAAGAAGAUUUGAGAUGAAUUGAUGUACUUUCCCCCACCCUCUGGUAGCUAAGAGGCUACCGUGGAUACUGACUAGGGCUGCCC